UUCAUAACGAUCAGGAAGUCAAUGGUGGGGAUUUGGUUGUCGUGCAUCUUGAGAGGAGACUUUAGUACAGUGACUACAUGUGGAUAUCCGCCGGUCGUUGGUCGCUUUUAUCCGUUUCUAUACGUUAAAGAAAUACUACAUCCACUUUUAUUUCACUACGUUAUAUUAUUAUUAUUAUCUAUACUAUAUACUAGUAAAUCACAAUUUUUUAGUACAACAAAAGUUUAUAAAUAUAUUAUUUUAUAAUUAAUAUUUAUAUUAAAACGGGUGUUGAAAGAUGCAAAUGGAUCAGAUGACGGUGCAGCUGAUACAGGUCCUAGAGAAGACCGUAUCACAAGAUAAAAAUGAGCUGGAAGCGGCGCAACAUUUUUUGGAACAAGCUGCUCUUACAAAUAUUCAUGAGUUCGUACAGAGACUCAGUGGAGUACUGGGUACUCCGGCUGCCAGUACCGUAGCACGUAUGGCUGCUGGUCUUCAACUAAAGAACCAGCUUACAUCCAAAGAUCCAACUUUAAAAGCACAAUACCAACAAAGGUGGCUCGCUAUUCCUGCUGAGACACGAGAAUUUAUUAAGAAAAAUAUCUUAGGAGCAUUAGGAACAGAAAAUAAUCGACCAAGUUCAGCAGCACAAUGUGUAGCAUACGUAGCAGUAGCAGAAUUACCAGUUGGUCAAUGGACCGACUUGAUAGCACUGUUGGUAAACAAUAUUGCCGAUCAAAAUGGUACAGAAAUGAUGAAAGAAGCAACACUAGAAGCUAUUGGUUACAUAUGUCAAGAAAUAGACAGUGAAGUUUUGGUAUCUCAGUCAAAUCAAAUUCUUACCGCAAUUAUUCAUGGUAUGAGAGGUUCCAGUACAUCAAAUCAUGUUAAACUAGCAGCUACACGUGCUCUUUAUAAUUCACUUGAAUUUACCAAGGGUAAUUUUGAGAUUGAGUCUGAAAGAAAUUUUAUUAUGGAAGUUGUAUGCGAAACAACACAAUCAACUCAUACGCAAAUACGAGUAGCAGCUCUCCAGUGCCUUGUCAAGAUCAUGUCACUGUAUUAUCAAUUUAUGGAGCCUUAUAUGGGUCCUGCACUUUUCCCUAUAACACUUGAAGCAAUGAAGUCAGAUACCGAUGAGGUGGCACUUCAGGGAAUUGAAUUCUGGUCAAACGUUGCUGAAGAAGAGGUAGAUCUAUCAAUGGAAGAGGGUGAAGCUUCUGAAGGAGGUAGACCACCAUCAAAAGUGUCUCGACAUUACGCGAAAGGUGCUCUGAUGUUCCUCGUGCCAGUGUUGAUUCAAAAGCUUACGAAACAAGAGGAGUUUGAUGAUGAAGAUGAUUGGAAUCCAUCAAAAUCUGCUGGUGUUUGUCUGAUGCUCUUGGCAUCAUGCUGUGAAGAAAAUAUAGUACCUCACGUCCUUCCAUUUGUUACUGAAAAUAUCAAAAAUCCAGACUGGAGAUUCAGGGACGCAGCAUUGAUGGCAUUUGGUUCAAUUCUUGGUGGACUGGAACCAUCAACAUUGAAACCUCUUGUUGAACAAGCGAUGCCAACAUUAAUUGAAUUAAUGUACGACGUCAGUGUUGUUGUAAGAGAUACAGCCGCUUGGACAUUUGGUAGAAUUUGUGAAAUAAUACCCGAGGCAGCCAUCAAUGAAACUUAUUUGAAACCACUGUUAGAAUCUUUAGCAAAUGGUCUGCAUGCUGAGCCAAGAGUUGCCGCCAAUGUUUGCUGGGCAUUCACAGGUUUGGCUGAAGCGAGUUACGAAGCCGCUGAAACUGAAGAUGGACAACAGCCUGAAACUUACUGUAUGUCUGCAUUCUUUGAUUACAUUGUCCAAAAACUUUUAGAAACAACAGAUCGUCCAGAUGGUGCGCAGGCGAACCUACGAUCUGCUGCAUACGAAGCGCUUAUGGAGAUGGUUAAAAAUUCACCUAGAGAUUGCUAUGUAACCGUACAAAAAACAACAAUGGUAAUUUUAGAACGACUACAGCAGGUAUUACAAAUGGAGACACACAUUCAAAAUCAUUCAGACCGUGCUCAGUAUCAUGAUUUGCAAUCGCUUCUCUGUGCUACUCUACAAUCUGUCUUGAGAAGAGUAACACCCGAAGAUGCGCCGCGAAUUUCAGAUGCAAUUAUGACCGCACUUUUAUCGAUGUUCAGUUCGAACUCUGGUAAAGUUGGUGGAGUCCAAGAAGACGCAUUGAUGGCAGUAUCAACUUUAGUUGAACAACUUGGUGAAGGUUUUUUGAAGUAUAUGGAGGCAUUCAAACCAUUCCUUUGCAUGGGUUUAAAGAAUCAUGCUGAGUAUCAAGUGUGUGGAGCUGCUGUUGGACUUACCGGUGAUAUUUGUCGUGCUCUUAAGAGUAAAGUAUUACCGUAUUGCGAUGAUAUUAUUACAUUGUUAUUAGAAAACCUCAGGAAUAAUACAGUCCAUCGGUCAGUGAAGCCGCAAAUUCUUUCGGUCUUUGGAGACAUUGCUCUUAGUAUCGGGCCAGAGUUUAAAAAAUACCUCGAAGUCGUUUUGCAAACGCUUGUUGAAGCUUCGCAAACAGAUGUCGAUCGUAAUGACUACGACAUGAUUGAUUACCUAAAUGAGUUACGUGUUGGUGUUCUUGAAGCUUACACCGGAAUAAUCCAAGGUUUCCGCGGUGAUGCUGAAGGCACUAAUCCGGAUGUACCGAAUCCUGAUGUCCUUUUGAUAGAACCUCAGGUGCCGUUCAUCAUUCAGUUCAUCACCACAAUUGCUCAAGAUCGUGAACAUUUGGAUGAAAGUAUGUCAGCAGCAAUUGGUCUACUUGGUGAUCUCAUAAUGGUAUUUGGAGCUAAACUUUUACCCCUUGUUGAAACUGAACCACUCACUGAGCUACUUAUCAAAGGUAGACGAGCACGUAAUAGUAAAGCACGAGCUCUUGCUAUUUGGGUCACUAAGGAAAUUCGCAAGCGCAAAAACGCUGUUAAUUCUACGUCAAGUUGAUCGCCCCAUGAUUGUACUCUCGUGCGAAUUGAUUUGACUAGAAAGCUAUCGAACACAAUACAAAGACAACAAGAUUGGAUGGUGCGGAUGCGAGUAGAUGGAUGUGCGUGAGUUCCAAUGUUUAAAAUUAAAAAAAAAAAUUGAAAAAAAAAAAAAAAAAAAAUUAAAAAUAGAAAAAAAAUUAAAAAAAAAAAAAA